CUUUCACUUCUUUUCUCUUCCACCAAAGAAUCAAAAAGUUCUUCCUCUAUUUCUAUUCCUACAAAUCAAUCCACCAUGCGUUUCACUAUCCUCGCUACUGCUGUUGCCGCUCUUGCAAGCACUGCCCUUGCUCAAGUUAGUAUCCUCACUCCUGGUGCAGGCACUGUCUGGGUUCCCGGCACUAAUGUCACCGUUAAAUGGGCACAGCCUCUCCUCGAAGAUGCCGACAUUGAACUCCUAACAGGCCCCAAUGUCCAGGCUCAAUGGAUCGCUUCCACCUUGGGAACCGCCAAGAAGGGAUCAAAGUCCUUCAAAGGCCUUUUGGAUCCCAAGCUGGAGCCCCAGUGGUAUUCUCUCAGGAUCGGAGAGAUCUACUCUCAUCUAUUUGCCAUUCAACAAAGCCGUAGUGCGACGCUGACAGCUUCGCAGCCAAUUGUUCCUACAGCUACGACAACGACAGCUGUAGCAACGACAGUUGUAACAACGACGGUUGCAACCACCAUUACCUCUCCUUCACAAACGACCACUACUGCUGGCCAGUCCUCUCCUUCAAACACCCCUAGUGCUGCUAAGGCACUCAAGGCCGGAAUCGUUGUCCCAGUAGCAGCAGCAGCCGUUGCAGCCUUUUUUGCAUUUUAGAAACUUUAGCAUAUAUAUUUAGCCCUACUAAUAUAUGAGGACCUUGUACGAUGGAAGAGGUCAUAAUAAAUUAAGUGAACACAUAAUAGAGUAAAAGUGUCGUUAUGCACAUGAUGACGGCAAUAGGAAACCG